UUGUUUAAUGCUGCCGCUGAUGCGUUUGAGGACGGACACCGAGUUGGCUGGCUGUCAAAACCCGAGCAGAGAGGAGGUAAACCAGCACCAGGUUGUUGCCAGAGAGGGACGGGGGGCCUUUAGCGUCCACUUGCUUGUCCUAGGCUGCUGCUGGUUCAGCCCUAAGACGAAACAACAUGGCCGACAAUGAAGAAUCCAAGAAGAACGACGGCAGUGCUGGUCACACGUCCCAAUUCCUGGAGCCGCCCAAAGAGAGCAUGCAGCUCAAGAAGGAGAUCUCGUUGCUCAACGGAGUCAGCCUGAUCGUAGGAAACAUGAUCGGCUCGGGCAUCUUUGUCUCUCCAAAGGGUGUGCUCUUCUACAGCGCCUCCUACGGGCUGUCGCUGGUCAUCUGGGCCAUCGGGGGCUUGUUCUCUGUAGUGGGGGCCCUUUGCUACGCUGAGCUGGGCACCACCAUCACCAAAUCGGGGGCAUCUUAUGCUUACAUCCUGGAAUCAUUCGGGGGCUUCAUCGCUUUCAUUCGUCUGUGGACGUCUUUGCUGAUUAUUGAGCCGACUAGCCAGGCGGUCAUCGCAAUCACAUUCGCUAACUACCUGGUGCAGCCUCUCUUCCCGACCUGUGAACCCCCAUAUGUUGCCUCCAGGCUCAUCGCUGCAGCCUGUAUAUGCUUACUGACAUUCAUCAACUCUGCCUAUGUGAAGUGGGGCACCCGUGUGCAGGACAUCUUCACCUACGCCAAGGUGGCCGCCCUCAUCGUCAUCAUCAUCAGUGGGAUCGUCAAGCUGUGCCAGGGCUACACCACCAACUUUGAAUCAUCCUUUCAGGGAUCGUCUACAGACCCUGGGGACAUUGCUCUGGCGCUCUACUCUGCGCUCUUCUCCUACUCCGGCUGGGACACCCUUAACUUUGUAACAGAGGAGAUAAGGAAUCCUGAAAGGAACCUGCCGCUGGCCAUCGCCAUCUCUAUGCCCAUCGUCACCAUCAUCUACAUCCUCACCAACGUGGCUUACUAUGCUGUUCUGGAUGUUAGUGCCAUACUGGCCAGCGAUGCAGUGGCAGUGACUUUUGCAGAUCACACUCUCGGCGUGAUGAGCUGGAUCAUCCCCAUCGCUGUGGCUCUGUCCUGCUACGGAGGCCUCAACGCCUCCAUUAUAGCGGCAUCUAGGUUGUUCUUCGUUGGCUCUCGUGAGGGUCACCUUCCAGACGCUCUGUCCAUGAUCACAUUCAAAGUCACUCCCAUCCCUGCUCUCCUCUUCAAUUGCGUGAUGUCACUGAUCUACCUCACAGUGGAGGAUGUCUUCCAGCUCAUCAACUACUACAGCUUUAGUUACUGGUUCUUCAUGGGUCUGUCCAUCGCCGGGCAGAUCUACCUCCGCUGGAAGGAGCCUGACAGACCCAGACCGCUCAAGCUGACCUUGGUGUACCCGGUCAUCUUCUGCCUGUGCACGAUCUUCCUGGUGGCCGUUCCCCUCUACAGCGACACCAUCAAUUCUCUGAUUGGCAUCGGCAUCGCCCUGUCGGGGGUUCCUGUCUACUUCAUGGGUGUCCAUCUGCCAGUGUCCAAACGACCACCUAUCAUCACCAAGCUGCUACGUUCUCUGACUCACCUCACUCAGUUCACCUGCUUCUGUGUACUCACAGAGCUGGACAAAAGUGAAUAAAUCCAAAACGUCUCUGCUUCCUCACAGCUGACAGUCACCAGGGGAAACAAGAAGAAGAAGAAAAUCUACUGUGAAAAAAAAGGACUUUGUCCCUCUUAUUAAACUGUAACUGACUUGUUUACAACACUGAAAUGCUGCCACAUGAUGCACAGACACCUGCAGAUUUAUCCCAGGUUUCAAUGACUUUCACCUGUCAACAUGCCGUACGUUUGAUUCCUUCAUCACACUCUUUAAUGACCUCAACUAUGAAUGAUUUGCCUUUUUUGUCCAUCAUUUAGUUGUAUCUAUAUAUAGAUAUAUAUAUACUUUGUAAAUAAGAUGUGCCUGUGAGAUUUGACAGGAGCUGCACACGACCACAGGGACCUGAUAAUGAUGCAGAGCGAUGAAUUAGAAAUUAAAAACAAUAUUAUAUGCAGUAUGUGUGAGUGAGCUGAAAAACCGUCUGAUACCACCCUGAAGGAUCUGUCAUGUUUAAGUUCUGGAAUGGAAAAGGGAAUCAAACAUAUUUAUGAAAUAUAUUGUGUGUGUGUGUGAAGCUAUGAGAAGAUUUAUCAUCCCGACAGUUUCAUCGACUUUAAGUGCCGUGCGUUCAGUGUUUUGUUUAUGUGUUUUUUUCUUCUUCAAUUUAACUUUGGUUUCUUUUUCUUUGUUUUGUUUUUUUCAUUUAAUGUAUUUAACAACUUUUUGUAAACAUUUGAAGCACUUCCAAAACCGAUUUUCCCGUUCGGUUAUGUUUGCUUUGAACUGUGUGGCACUAAAUCUGUUUUUACAACGUGCUGUAGUAAAGACACUGACAGAUGUUCUGACUCAGCAACAGCUGGGCUCAACAUAGCAAGUCAGGCAUCAGCUGCAGUGCUCUGUCUUCAAGUCCAGUUGAUUGUUUGACAUUUGCACAUCUUCUCUUCUCGAUUGUUUCAUGUGAAGAACUCUUACAACACAGUGUAUUUAAGAAUCCAUGUUUUUUAAUUUCACAAUAACUGAGUCUCUGCAGUCAAUGAAAUCUUUUUCAACACAUUGGGAAUAAAAGUGAAAUCUAUUUGA